GUUUGCCACAGAAGUCAUGUUGAUGUUGAUGUUGCAAGUGCAGACUUUCGAAGUUUCGUCCGAUUUCAUCAAUUUUGUUCGUGGCAUACUUCUGUAAACUUGAAUCUUUGGAAGCAGCAAGCCUGUCGAAAGUGUCUCUUAUAUAAGAAUGAGUGGGCCAGGACCUCAUAAUCUAGACAGGGUACCAGACCAAGAUGGCUACCUUAUCAUCAAUGGAGAUGGAGCAGUAAUGGCGUCUUCUGGUGAUCUGGAGAAUGACGAGAGAGUAGCUGGUAUCUUGAUGAACAUGGUCCGUCUUGCGAGUAGAAUCAAAAUAAACCCGGACAAACCUGAAACAUUCAAGAGAUUAUCAGUUGUUUUCGAUGACUUCAUGUAUGUAGCCACCAUUUCCAGCAGCAAGGUUUAUGUGAGUAAACGACGCCACAACCCACAGGAGCCUGUGUUGGCAUAGUGCAACAUGUUCUGUCUUAGACUUCACCAGUUGACAGAUUUGUAUAUACAUGUAAAUGAACAGCGUACUAUAAGGCAUCACAGAUGCUACUGACAGGUCGGAAGACAACAUCUCUCUGUUUUUCUCCUUUGACAAGUGAUGUUGUUGUUGUUGUAGUUUUGCUAUUUUUGUUCAGAUAAAAAAGAAUUCUAUAUUCUUCAAAAUUCAACAUGGUAGAGUAAAACAAG